AUGCCAGCAUCCUCCAAUUUAAACACACAGAUCUUAGGAAUACUCGACAAAAUCAAUAACCUUAUUCAUCUUAAGCAGCUUCAAGCUUAUCUCAUCACCACCGGCCAUUCCCAAGACCAGUUUUUCUCUUUCAAGCUCGUUCGGUGCUGUGUACUCUCUCUAUCCAACUUCGAUUACGCUCGCUCAAUCUUCUCUUCUCUUGUUUCACCCAAUGUCUACCUCUACACCGCCAUGAUCACAGCUUAUUCUUCUCAGCCAGAUCAUGAUUCGUCACUCCUUUUAUACCGUGAUAUGGUUCGAAAGAAACGACCUAAAGUCAGCCAUUUUAUCUACCCACACGUCCUUAAAUCUUGCCCGGAAGUUUUGGGAUCGAAUGGAACGAAAAUGGUGCAUUCCCAGAUUGUUAAAACGGGUUAUGAAGAAUACCCAGUUGUGAAAACGGCUUUACUUGACGCGUACUCGAGGUUCUCUUCCGAUAUAGCUGUUGCGAGGCUACUGUUCGAUGAAAUGUCUGAGAGAAAUGUCGUGUCUUGGACUGCUAUGAUUUCUGGGUAUACUAGAGCCGGUGAAAUGCGGAGUGCAAUUGAGUUGUUUGAACAAAUGCCCGACAGAGAUACCCCAUCGUGGAAUUCUAUAAUCGCUGGGUGUACUCACAAUGGGAUGUUUUCAGAAGCUAUUCAUCUUCUAAGAAGGAUGAUUAUGAACGGAAAGAAACCAAAUCAUGUUACAGUUUUAUGCUCUCUUUCAGCUUUCGGCCACAUGGGCAUGUUACAUCUUGGAAAAUCAACACAUAAUUACCUUCUUAGAAACGGGCUUGGUCCUAAUUCUCAUAUUGCAAACGGAUUGGUUGAUAUGUAUGGAAAAUGUGGGAGCUUGAAAGAAGCCCGAAGGGUGUUCGAUGAAACGCCAAAGAGAAACCUAACUUCAUGGAACUCCAUGAUCAACUCUUUCGCCCUCCAUGGCCAAAGCGAAUCAGCAAUAAUAAUCUUUGAGGAAAUGAAACAACAUGGCGUGAAACCGGAUGAUAUUACAUUUGUGGGGCUAUUAAAUGCUUGCACCCAUGGUGGAUUGGUCGAAAAAGGUCGUUCUUUUUUCAAAUCAAUGGUAAACGAUUAUGGAAUGGAGCCUGACAUUCAUCAUUACGGGUGUUUCAUUGAUCUUCUUGGUAGAGCAGGUCAGUUUGAAGAAGCCAUGGAAGUUAUAAAUGCAAUGAAAUCCCCACCUGAUGAAGCUGUUUGGGGUUCUUUGCUCAAUGGUUGCAAGAUUCAUGGCCGAAUGGAUUUGGCUGAAAUUGCUGUGAAGAAACUGAUUGAAAUUGAGCCGAAUAAUGGUGGGUAUGGGGCGAUGUUGGCCAAUAUUUAUGGUGCAUUAGGGGAGUGGGAUAAAGCAAGAAUAGUAUGGAGAACAUUGAAGGAGCAAAAGGCUCAUAAGAUACCUGGUUGCAGUUGGAUUGAAGUUGAUGAUCAAGUUCAUCAAUUUUAUUCGGCUGAUGAUUCCCAUUUCAAAAUACAUGACAUACACUUGAUCUUAGAAAGCAUAUUUGGGUUUUCUGAUGAAAACGUCUUUCUUCAUCAACAUACAAGUAGACUUUGA